AUGACAUCAAACAACGACGUUCUAAAAUCGUCCCUACUUGCUCUUGAGGCCUCGGCCCGUGGCAUCGUCAGCGUUUCCGCUCUGCGUGGCGGUGAAUUCACCCUUCCUAGUAGUCUUUUUGUGUCAGGGGCUUCCCCAACAGAGAGGGUUCUGGUGCCUUCACUCUCCUUCUUGAUCAUACAGAACUGCAUCAACAAUGGCGCUAGGCGCAUUCUAUUUGACCUGGGUCUCCGCCGCGAAACUGGCGACUAUUCGGAACCGAUACAACAUCAUUUGCAAACUCGGAAGCCAAUACUACCGCUCCCAGACGUGCGCCAGAGCCUGCUCGAAGGUGGUCUGAGUCCGGGAAGUAUCAAUCAAAUCGUGCUCAGCCAUGUUCACUGGGAUCAUAUCGGAACGCCAUCCGACUUUCCCGCAGCAGAAUUCUUCGUCGGUGCCGGAUCUCUCGAUCUGCUGAAGACCGGCCUGAACGGGCACUUAUGUCACUCUAACUUUGAAUCCGAUCUUUUCGACAACAUCAAAGUUAAAGAGUUGUCGCGUCCCGCAAAGAUGGCAUCUGGAUUGGAUGAUAGCUGGCACGACGUUGGAGGGCUGAAGAUCUUCGAUUUUGGAGGUAGCGACAGCGGCUCACUCUACAUUGUCGACUCGCCCGGUCAUCUGAUCGGCCACAUCAACCUUUUAGCACGAAUAGGCACCGGGAAAUGGGCUUUACUUAUUGGGGAUGCCUGUCAUGACCAGCGUUUGCUUCAUGGAAGGGAGGCCAUUGCAGAAUGGACAGAUGAUACGGGAAGGGCGUGCUGUAUUCACAUGGACAAAAUGAAGGCUGCCGACACUCUGAGAAGGAUUUCACAGUGGAGGGUGGCCUUCAAGACAUGCGGCAUGUCUUUGGAAGUUAUAUUUGCUCAUGAUUUGGCUAAGGAUUGUAAAAUAUGCAUCUACGACGUCUCACAGGAAGCUAUGGAAUCCUUCGUCGAAGCUCACGGGCAGUCAGUAUCAAUCUGUCACUCACCGAAAGAGGUUUCUCAAGGAACAGAUAUCAUCUUCACCAUGCUGCCAGAAGGUUCCCACGUGAGAGCCGUCUACCUGGAUCCUGUUGACGGCAUCCUGCAUUCGAAGAUGUCCGCUCGCCUGCUUAUUGACUGCUCUACCAUUGACACUGAGACGUCUCUCGUAGUGUCCACUGCAGUCAAGUCGCGUUUCCCUGACGUCGCGUUCUAUGAUGCCCCGGUGUCAGGGGGUACUCUUGGUGCAGUUGCAGCGUCUCUAACCCUCAUGGUUGGUUGUUCUGAGAACGAUAGCAACUGGUCACUCGUCGAAGGUUUGUUGGGACUCGUGGGCAAGAAUAUCAUCGCAUGCGGGGCCCCCGGCAUGGGUCUCACCGCAAAGCUGUGCAACAACUAUUGCUCCGGACUCAUUUCACUCGCCACAGCCGAGGCCAUGAACAUCGGCAUGCGUUCAGGUAUGGAUCCACGGUUACUUUCACGGGUGUUUUCCAAAAGCACGGCACAGAGCACAAUUUGCGACAAGUUCAAUCCUGUUCCUGGCAUAUGCCCAGAUGCACCGUCCAGUCACGGAUAUAAGGGCGGCUUCAAAGUGCAAUUGAUGGCAAAGGAUUUUGGGUUAGCUAUUUCGACUGCAGAAACAGUCGGCGCAAAGCUGCUACUGGGGACUGCUGGCUUAGAGGCAUACACUAAAGCGAGCCAAUCCGCAGAGUGUCGAGAUCUAGACUCUAGAACGUCUUCCCCACAUAGAAAAGAUAACGUAGCUUAUCUUCUGUUGAACAGAGUCCUCGAUCAGCAAAUUCAAAUUGUGUCUUCUAGCAAUCGUGCUUGCCCAGAACCUCCUACCUCGUCAACAAUCGACAUGACGUCAGAAAAGCCAAACGUCACUCAAAUUGAACAAUCCGCCCACAAAACACUCUACGACAAAGGGCUUAAAAUACGAUAUGAGGUUGCCGGUCGCUCAUAUGUGGACUCCGCUUUGACCGGAGGUUCCUCCGAAUUCGCGCGGCCAAUGCAAGAGCUGGUGACCGAGGCCUGCUGGGGAUCAGUGUGGUCGAGGCCUGGUCUCGAAAGAAAGCAGCGGUCGUUGCUCAAUAUUGCUAUGUUAUGUGCCUUGAAUAGGGCGCCGGAACUCGCAGCACACGUUCGGGGGGCUCUUCGAAAUGGAGCUAGCGAAGUUGAGAUUAGGGAAACACUACUUCAGGCCGCUAUCUACUGUGGGAUGCCAGCUGGAAUCGAGGGUUUCAAGGUUGCCGAGAAGGUCAUCCUGGCAUUCAAUGAAGAGAAAGGAAACAAGUCUCCUGUGCUGAUGGGAAUCACUUUUCAGGACUCACGAAGGAGAAAGCUGCCUCCAGGGCCACGAGGACUGCCGAUCGUAGGCAAUUUGUUUGAUAUAGCUGAUUCUGAAUCAGUCCGAGAGAAGGUUCGUAACUGGCAUCAGACUUACGGCGAUGUUUUCUACACGAAGGUCGGGACUACAGAUUACGUCUGGCUGUCAUCUCCCAGGGCUGUUAAGGACUUAAUGGACAAGAAGUCUGCGAUCUAUUCGUCACGGCCCCAUUUACCUUUAGCUCAAGAUGUGGCUAGCGGUGGAUCUCGCCAGCUUUUCAUGGCUUACGGUCAGGACUGGCGAAAUUUGCGGAAACACAGUCACAGUCUUCUCAAUCUCACUGCCACAAAGAAAUACCAAUCGACACAAGAGCUAGAGUCAAGAGUACUACUACAAGACCUUCUCAAUCAGCCAGAUCAAUAUUACACUAUCAACCGGAGAUAUUCGACAUCCGUCAUAUUGCUCACUACGUACGGCUAUCGCAUUCCUUCCUUUCAAGACCCUCUAAUAACUAAGAUAUUCACCGUUCUGGAACAUUUGUCAGUAAUGAUGGCGCCUGGAGCUUUUGCUGUUGAGGUUCUGCCGGCAUUGGCUAGACUUCCAGAACGCUUCUUCGGAAAUUGGAGGACUUGGGGUAGGAAUGCGUUUGCCCAUGACAGCAAAGUUUACCUGGAGCUCUGGCAAACUCUCAAACAAACUACAGACGAUGGAAGCGCGAGGGACUGCUUCUGUAAGGACUUCUACCUCGGUGAUCCAACGAAGAAUGGCAUAGACGACCUGUUGGCAGCCUACACGUGCGGUGGCCUCGUAGAGGCUGGAGCGGAAACAACAGCCACGACAAUCAACAAUUGGACUCUUGCAAUGACACUCUUCCCCGAAGUCAUGCGAAAGGGCCAGGAAGAAUUGGAUCGCGUUGUUGGAUCUGGCCGGCUACCGAGUUGGGACGACGAAAAGAACCUUCCGUACGUUCGAGCAAUGAUCAAAGAAACAUUGCGAUGGCGGCCUGUCAACAAGUUCGGAAUGUACCAUGCUUCUACCGAGGAUGACUGGUAUCAUGGCUUUUUCAUUCCCAAAGGGUCAACCGUAGUGUUGAAUUGGUGGGCUAUUCAACGGGACCCCAGUCGAUUUGAACAGCCGGACAUCUUUGAGCCUACGCGCUUUCUUGGGCAUCCCCUUACAGCAGCCGAGUACAUGAAUGCGCCUGAUCCGUAUGACAGAGAUCAUUUCUCAUACGGCGCUGGAAGGCAAGACACCCAAAACUCGUCACUGACUCAAAAAUACAGGAGGGCAUGCCCCGGAGUCCACUUGGCAGAGAAGUCGCUCUUCAUUGUCAUUGCUCGUACAUUGUGGGGGUUUGACAUCAAAAAGAAAGUACAUUCCAACGGGUCGGUGGUGAUCCCAACAACAAGAAUGAUGCCGGGAUUUCUGAGUGUUCCGGAGCCAUUUCUGUGCGAUAUCUUGUGUCGAUCCCCCGCCCAUGAGGGUAUCAUCCGUCGACAGUACGUUGAGGCCCAGAAAGACCUUGCAGGCAUGAACUUCGAAUUCUGA